CAUUGCGGUCCACAUCAGCCUCUUGGCCGUGACACCCCUUGCGGCAACGGGGGACGCUCUAGAGGGACAUGCCAGCGCGGUUCACUGUCCCCGUCAGCAGGCGGGGGAACAGCAGCACUAUCCCCUCAGGCUCCGUGGAAUGCACGGCACCUCCCGCGGCGCUGGGAGCCCAUCCCGGCGUGCCCCGGCCCCGCAGGCCGCGGAAGAGAGCAGCAUGCCGGGAACCGUAGUCUGCCCCCGCCUCCGGCCCGGCGCCGCUCGCCGCUCGCCGCUCGCMAGCCCCUGCCUCCGCAUCCUCCGGCUGCCUGCUCCUCUUGCCCUCGGAUGGAGGGCUCUGAGGAGCUGGAAAGCAGCCUCCUGACCCAGCCCUGGGCUUCUGUUCGCUUUGGUGAGUCCACUUUUCUUGCCAAAGUGUGCUUCAGGGAUACUGGCUAUAUCCUGCUGAUCUCUGACCUGAGCAGUGUUUGGUACGAGAGUGCAGAUGCCGAGGCUGUGGGACAAAGGUCCAAGGAGCUGAACAAGCGGCUGACAGUYCAUGCAUCCUCCUUCCUAAACCGCUUGCGCAGCCUGAUGUGCCCCUUGCUGGCAGGGCAGCURGAUGCCACCACCUCCUUCUCUUGCCACCACUCUGCCAGUGGCCUCAGCCUGCAUGUGAAGAGUGAGCUGUCAGGACUACCCUUCUACUGGGACUUUCACUGCUGCCCAGCGCCCUUGGAGAUGGUGUUCCGUCACCUUGUGCGGCCCCUGAUUCAGAUGAACCUGGCGCUGCAGUGCCAGGUGCAAGAGCUGACUUCCCUACUGCUCCAGAAGGAUGCUGAGAUUGAAGAUUACAGGGAGAGUGGGGCCACUCUCAGCAGAGACCGCCUGCGGACAGAGCCCUUCCGGGAGGAGACGUUUCAGCAGAAUUUUAUGGCUGAGACCCUGCCCCAACUUGGCCAUGGUCAGCAUUUCAUGUCACAGCUUAUGCCAGAGUUUGUGGUGCGACUUGGAGGGGGAAGGGUGAGGGGGUUCCUGUGGUGCCGUGCCCCCUGCUCUGAGGAGGGCAGGGACAGGUACAUCGAGGACAAGCUCACAGAUACCAUCAGUGCAAAUAUAGCCCCCACGCCCCAGGAUGCUCUGCCCUGUGUAUUUUUAUCUGCUGCGGCUGGAGCACGGGGGCGGCUGCUCCGCACCUCCGCAAGCGGAGCUCGGGACCUCGGCAAACAGGACGCGGCGGGUUCACGGCUCGACCCCGGGGCCCGGCGAGGAGGAGGAGGAUGUACCAUCAAAACAAGCAACGCUGGAGAGGAAGAUAAACAAACAGGCAGCUUCCAGUGCGGCCCCGGCCGAGGGCGAGUGGGAGCCCCGGGGCCAGGGCUGGCGGUGGUGCCGGCAGCGGUGCUGGCUGACGUCAGGGCGCCCGGGGUCAGCAUCCCUCUUAUUGUUUCCCACCGGGGCUGGGACCAGGGCCAGGCACCCGUCCCCCUCCCGUGAGGGGACACAGGCCAGCGGGGCAGGUGGAGGAUGGCCAUGGUGCAUUCCAGAGCCACAGGCCAUUGCUGCCCUGCAGUGCAGCCGGGUACCUGGCUGCACACCGCCUGCCUCCAGCACCCUGCCUCUCCUUUUUAACAGCAACUAAAAAUAAGCCCUGGG